CCGACGUAGUUUCAUAUGGGUGUUCCCGCUUCCCCCGCUUCUAGUCUUGUCCAAGUUCAUUAGCCCUGGGUCAUUAUCGCCGGGCUUGUCCAUUGUGGGGCAGCGACCGUCCAGUUCCCAGUUGUGGAGACCAGGUGGGAGUACCUGCAUUCAGGAAAUGCAUAAAAGAACCUGAAAGUUCAUGCACAGACGUUCAACAUCAAUGGAAAACAAUCUAAACUUGGAGGAGGGGAGUGAAAUGUCAUAUGAAGACAACGACAUGACCUUCCCUUCUCCCUUCAGACUGACCCCACCAGGUCACAGUGGUACCUAUGACCUGGAGAAAAGAAGGCAGGAGGAGGAGCCACCCAUGGGGACCAUCACCAUCCCCGUGGAUUCCGAAACCUUUUUGAACCUCAAUGCCAAUGCUACCAUGAGAGGGGACGCUCAAGCCUACGUGGAGCUGAAUGAGCUCCAGGGCAACACCUGGCAGCAGACUGGCCGCUGGGUGGGCUACGAAGAGAACUUUAACCCCGCCACAGGGAAAUGGUGCCCGUCACACGUUUCCUAUCUGACCUUUAAGAGUCUGCUGCAGCUCCGCAAGAUUAUGAGCACAGGUGCUAUUAUCUUUGAUCUGAAUGCCAGCACGCUGUCUGAGGUGGCUGAGAAAGUGGCCGAUGAGCUGCUGAACAAGGACGAGAUACGCGCCAGUGACCGAGAUCCUCUGCUGAGGGCGCUCCUGAUGAGACGCAGUCAAUCUGAAGCACCUGAAGUCAGCCCCUCUGGAGAUAUUCAGAUGCAGACCUUUUCUGUCACCACUGCGAGAGACAAAUCCAACAACAUGGAGGCCUCCAUUGUCCUAUCAGGCGUCCUGGAUUUUCUCCAGAAGCCAGUGGUGGCCUUCGUCAGGCUCAGUGACUCAGUGUUGAUGGAGUCGGCUCUGGAGUCUCCUUUUCCUGUUCGGUUCUUUUUCAUCCUGCUGGGCCCCAGUGAGAGCGACCUGGACUUCAGUGAAAGUGGUCGCGCUAUGGGUGCGCUGAUGGCCGACUGGGUGUUCUGUCUGGAAGCCUUCUUGUCCCAGACUGAAAAAGAUCUGACCAAUGCCAUUGCUGACUUCAUGGACUGCAGCAUUGUCAUCCCUCCAACAGAAAUCCAAGACAACACAAUGCUACAGCCAAUCAUCAAUUUCCAGAAGAAGCUGCUGUGUGACAGACUUCGCCCAAGUGACACUCGUCUUGCUUUUGGUAACCGAGUCAAAGUUGAGAAAUUUCCAGAGGAACCCCGGGAGGACCCACUGGCACGUACUGGAAUUCCUUUUGGUGGGAUGGUGAAGGACUUGAAGUGCCGUUACCGCUACUGCCUCAGCGACUACACAGAUGCCCUGAAUCCUCAGGUGCUCGCUGCCAUCAUCUUCAUCUACUUCGCUGCCCUCUCCCCAGCCAUCACAUUUGGAGGACUUUUGGCCGACAAAACAGAUAGACUGAUGGGUGUGUCUGAGCUCAUGAUCUCCACUAGCAUCCAGGGUAUCAUCUUCUGUAUCUUUGCUGCCCAGCCGGUUCUCGUCAUUGGCUUCUCUGGACCACUGCUUGUGUUUGAGGAAGCCUUUUAUGGUUUCUGCAAAACCCAGGGCAUUGAAUACAUUGUGGGACGUGUCUGGGUGGGGAUGUGGUUGAUCGUCAUCGUCUUCAUCAUUGUGGCCGUGGAAGGCAGCUUCCUGGUCCAAUACAUCUCACGUUUCACUCAGGAAAUCUUCUCUAUCCUCAUCUCUCUCAUCUUCAUCUAUGAGACGUUCAGCAAGCUUGCCAAGAUCUUCAAAGCACACCCUCUGGUUUUGAACUAUGAACAUCUGAACUCCACCGUGGACAACCCAUUCCACCUGGUUACCAAGCACGUAAAUGUUACUGAUCCACAUAGCAAUGUCACUGUCAAAGUGGUGGAAGUUGAAAGAGCCUACCCCAACACUGCCCUGCUGUCUAUGUGCCUUAUGUUCGGGUGUUUCUUCAUUGCAUACUUUCUUCGCAUUUUCAAGAAUGGUCGUUUCCUUCCAGGCUGGCUUCGCCGUCUGAUUGGAGAUUUUGGUGUCCCCAUUGCUAUUAUCAUCAUGGUCGCUGUUGAUAUCAGCAUCAAGGAUAGUUACACUCAGAAACUGGCAGUGCCAGAAGGCAUUGAAGUGUCAAACCCCAAAGAGAGAGGCUGGAUCAUCAACCCCACGGGAGAAAAGCAACCUUUCCCCAUCUGGAUGAUGGCGGCCUGCUGUGUUCCAGCAUUGCUCGUCUUCAUCCUGAUUUUCCUGGAGUCCCAGAUCACAACGCUGAUUGUGAGCAAACCAGAGAGGAAGAUGGUGAAGGGAUCAGGUUUCCAUUUCGAUCUGCUCCUUCUGGUCACCAUGGGGGGUAUUGCCUCUGUUUUCGGAAUGCCCUGGCUGAGUGCUGCCACUGUGCGAUCCAUCACCCACGCCAACGCUCUCACAGUCACGUCUAAGGGCCCAAAGCCAGAGAUUGAGAAAGUACACGAGCAAAGGAUUAGUGGCAUUGUUGUGGCCAUCCUAGUCGGGGCUUCUAUUUACAUGGAGCCUAUCCUGAAGAUGAUCCCUUUGUCAGUCCUCUUUGGAAUCUUCCUCUAUAUGGGUGUGACUUCUCUAAGUGGAAUUCAGAUGUGGGACAGGAUACUUCUGCUGAUCACACCAAAGAAGUACCACCCACCAGAUGCCUAUGCAACCAGGGUGAAGACACUUCGGAUGCAUCUCUUUACGCUGAUCCAGCUCUUGUGCCUGGGCUUGCUGUGGGGGGUGAAGAUGAGCCCCUUCUCCCUGGCUCUGCCUUUUGUUCUCAUUCUCACCAUCCCACUGCGCAUGCUCAUGACAGGCAGGCUCUUCUCCACCAUGGAAAUGAAAUGUCUGGAUGCAGAUUAUGCCAAAGUACAUUUCGAAGAGGAAGCUGGAGUGGAUGUUUAUGCUGAAUGUCCACUACCAUGAUUGACAGGAUUGUUCAGAAAAAUUCCAUUCACCUUUGACAUGAACUCAGUUCUUGUGUAACUAAUUAGAAAAUAAUAUGCCUUCAAACAUAUGCCUUUUAAAACCUUUGUUUGCAGUUAAUCUGUUAUUCUUUAAAUUGUGGUCUUUGGCGGAUGAAAUGUGUGUGAUUUUGGACCAUGAUAACAACCUAAUAAUACAAUCCACACACACAUGCUAUGAAGUUGCAUUUGCCCCCCUUGGCUUAUUGUAUAUGACAGUUUUUUAAUUUUGUUAAAUGACUGUCUCCUUACUGCAAAGGUCAGUAAUGACUGUAUACUGACAUAAAUGUUAUCUUUUGAUCCAGAACGAAACAUUUGAAUUCUGGAAAUGAAUUUAAAACAGACACACACAUACACCCACAGAUUUUUAUAUAUAUAUAUAUAUAUAUAUCCUAAUUUAUAAUUUCAGAUUUCAAAUUACUACUGCUGUCACACUAAAUACGUGCUUGUAAUACCGACGUUAUGCUGCCGAACAUUACGUGAACUCGUUAACAUUAUGUUAUUCAGUUCUUGCAUACACACAAAUAUAUUAUGAAACUAGGACAGCAAUUUUUGUGGACUUUUAUUCAUUUGUUUCCAAAAUAUAACCUGUGUUAAUGUGCCAAGUGUAGAUGAAUUUAGCAAUGGCAAACAUUUAAUCAAUUUAUCAUUACUGUUACCAUAUAGACUUUAACUAGAAAGUGCUUCUGUGUGUCUUUUCCAGCUAUAUGAAGACAUUGUGGACAAUUGCUUUCAUGAUUAUACGGGAUGGGAAAUAAUAGGUGUGAUUUAACCAUGUGUUCUAUGACAAUU